AUGGCGGAGCAAAAUAGCACGACGCCAACUAGCCCCAGUGCACGGUCAUCUGGAUUUGACACGUCGGUUUUGUCUGAGGAUUACAAUGAUUUAUCAUCGGAGCUAAUAAUGUUGAAUCGCAGGAAGUACAAGCUAGAGGAGAAGAUGAAGCAAAUGGAAACGGAGCUGCAAGCAGCACGGGACAGGGCAGCCUGGCUUGAAGAGAAGCAGCGUGGCACCGGAGAAGAGAUAUGGCUAGCCAAAGAGCGGGUGGCAAAUCAAGACCGUGAAUUGGGUGAGUUACAUCAGCAGUGCUCCUGGCUGCGCGAUGAAAAUGCUAAGCUGCAAAAGCAGCUCGAGGAAGAAAGGAACCGAUAUACGGAAUCGGAUGGCGUCGACUGGUCCAAACUUGAGGAACUUAAUGAGCAGAAGAAAAAGAUCGAGGAUAAGUUGAGAGACGAGAAAAGUAAGGUCGAAUGGCGGCUUGGUGAGGUAACACAGUAUUGGAACGACGCCAAGUGGAGGAUUGGCGAGCUGGAGGCAGGCAUCGCGCAUAAGCAAUGGCUCCUGGAUCAGGCAAACCAGAAAAUAUGCGAGUUAGUCAUUUUCUUGUACUUUCCUCAAGUAGUUGAAAGACAAAAUCUUUUUGCCCUAUAA